AUGUAACAAUGAUUUCAGAGUUUACUAAGAAUAUCGGAGUAAGAUCUGUUUGUAGGUCUUCAUUGUUUAUUGUAGUGUAUUGUGCUACAAUACACCACAUUUCAGAAUGUAUUUGUAUAAUACCACCAGCAAGCUGUGAGAUCAUUUAAAAAGUGCUGUCAAGCAAGAUUCUUGCUAAAUACUUGUUUGGUGUGUGUUAAAAGUCUUACGGGGCAAACAUAAUUUGGUAUGCAACUCCAGGCACAUUUCUGGAUUAUUGUACCAUUGAGAUUUCAUUGGAAUUAAGAUUAUGUGUGCACAGUGUCUGCUGGAGUGUGAUAAAGCCCUAAUCCAUCUUGCAUUUAGCCAAGUUAAGGAUUUAAACUUGGGUCCUUCCCAUGUUCAAAGCAUGUCCUUAUUAGCUUUUAUACUUCCCAUCACACUAUAACACUCACACAGCUCACUGAAAUAUAAGAUCAGAUGUUCUUGAAUAAUGCUGGAAUGUCCACAUUUGAGUACAUAAAAUGUAUCAUUUACACAUUUUGUUAAUCAGAGUACAAUGGAUUGGCAAGUCUGCACUUUUUGACACUCAAACUGAAACUGAUACAUAAUGAAUAGGGUUAGAUACUCUCAAUACAGAAAAUAUUACAGUUUGUGAAAAUGGGGUCGAGUACAUCCAUUGGAAAUGUAUUUUUUUAAUUGAAAUAUAAACUGAUCAAAAUUUAUUGCAGAGAUUGGCGACCAGGCGGUGAACUCUGAAUAGGGCAAUCAGCUGGUGGUACAUUUGGCGUGGUAUUCUCUCACACCUCUUACACACAGCCCCUCCAGCAGCUGGCCUCAGUGCCCGCCUCUCCUCUCGCCUCGCCUCUCCUCCGCGCCCUUUGACCUUCCUGCCUGCGGUAUAUAUAGUAUGUGAAACUAUCAGAGUUCUCCUGGCAGCCAUCAUGAAGGGUACGCUCUCAAUCUGCUGUCUGCUCUCUCUGCUACUCUUGCAGGCUGCUGCAGAAGGGGAGGACGUCACCACCGAGCCUCUCAGGGACAGAUCUCACAUAGAUGAAACACUCAGACUUGCAACUGAGGAGAAAGCAAAAGACUAUGCAGCGGCUCUACAACAGUUGAGAAAGAUCUACCACACUUCCAUCAAACCCAUGGAGCAGGCCUACAAGUACAAUGAGCUGCGGCAGCAUGAGAUCUCAGCCUAUCCUGGACGAACCCUAGGCGACCAGGCCACAGAUGGAGAGAUUACAUCCAAGCCAAUGGUGCUGUUCCUGGGACCCUGGAGUGUAGGAAAGUCCUCCAUGAUCAACUACCUCCUGGGUUUACAUGAAAGCCAGUAUCAGCUCUACACAGGAGCCGAACCCACCACAUCUGAGUUUACUGUCAUUAUGCAUGGAGAGAAGAUCCGAUCAGUGGAGGGUAUUGUGAUGGCUGCAGACAGCUCACGCUCCUUCUCCCCCCUUGAGAAGUUUGGGCAGAAUUUCCUAGAAAAACUCAUUGGUAUUGAAAUGCCCCACAAACUGCUGGAGCGUGUGACUUUUGUGGACACACCAGGAAUCAUUGAGAACCGCAAGCAGCAGGAAAGAGGCUACCCUUUCAACGAUGUCUGCCAGUGGUUCAUUGACCGUGCUGAUCUGAUUUUUGUGGUGUUUGACCCCACUAAACUGGACGUGGGCCUGGAGUUGGAGAUGCUUUUUAGGCAGCUGAAGGGACGUGAGUCUCAGAUUCGCAUCAUCCUGAACAAGGCUGACCACCUAGCCACCCAGGACCUGAUGAGGGUCUAUGGAGCACUCUUUUGGAGCUUGGCACCCCUCAUCAAUGUGACCGAACCUCCUCGUGUCUACGUCAGCUCCUUCUGGCCAUACGACUAUGCUCCUGACACUAGCAGAGACCUCUUUAAGAGGGAGGAGAUCUCACUCCUCGAGGACCUCAAUCAGGUCAUCGAGAACCGCUUGGAGAACAAAAUUGCCUUCAUCCGCCAACAUGCCAUUCGAGUGCGCAUUCACAGUCUGUUGGUUGACCGAUAUGUUCAAACCUUUAAAGAGAAGAUGAGCUUCUUCAGUGACCCUGAGCUAGUCUUUCAGGAGAUUGUGGAUGACCCAGACAAAUUCUUCAUUUUCAAGUCCAUAUUAGCCAAGACCAAUGUCAGCAAGUUUGACCUGCCGAACCGUGAUGCUUAUCGUGACUUCUUUGGCAUCAACCCCAUUGCCAGCUUUAAGCCUUUGUCCACUCAGUGCUCCUACAUCGGGGGCUGUUUGCUGGAGAAAAUAGAGAAGGCCAUCACCAAUGAGCUACCUGCUCUUCUGAGCAGCAUUAACUCUGGCAAGCAGCCUGGCCUGUCCUCCUGUGAAGCUACAGGCUGUGGGGAAAAGCCAAAGAACCGCUAUCGAAAAAACUGAGGAAAAUUGAUGAGUGUGAGUGAGAAGUGAGUUGAAGAAAGGGGUGCUACUAUAAGCCUGGUCUUUUUAGGAUACCUGAGUGCUUAAGGGGACAAAGAAUGGAUUUGUGUUUUUAUGAAUGAGAAUAUACAGUAGAGUACGAAUGGAGUUAGACAGUAGGAGAAGUGAAAAGGCAGCUUAAGGGCACAAGUGCUGACAAGAAAUGGAACACCACUGAAUAAAAAAACUAAAAAAAAAAACUGGACUGUUCACAACCUGGGUUUGGGAAAAAUAUAAAAAGCAAAAUAGAAAACAGAUAAAUGGAAUUUUAGUGAUACCAGUUCCCUUUUAUGUGAAUUAAACAGGAAAAGUGGUUGUUGCAAAAUGUGACAACUGCACUAAAGCAGAUAUUUUGUUAGAAACAUUUCAGUAAAUAGAUUAUUGGUGAGCAUCAUUGACUGUGCUAUCGUUCUAUUUCAUAUAUAUAUAUAUAUAUAAUGACGCUCAUGGAUUGUUGACAAUCUUCACAUUGUUGUUAUAUAAGCAGAGGUCAGGGGCCAAGGCUUAAUCUGAGGGCUUGUUCUGCUUCAUCUGUUGUUACUGUUUUUGUUUAAGUCUACUACUUCCAUUCAGUACUGUGUUAUUUUUUUCAUUGCCUUAAGCUUUCUGAAAGCUGAAUGACCACAUAAAUAACAUGGAAGAAUGUGUCUGUGUUUAUUUAUUAAAUUGCACAUGUAAAGCUUAAUUUUGUACUUAAGCAGAGAAGAAAAUGUGUAUUAUUCCAAUCUUUUUUAAAUUUGUUAAAUGAUCCCUCUUGUGGAUUUUGGAGUUGUCCCCUGACCUCUGUAGUGAGAAGUGAAAGCUGACCUCACUCCACCUGAUGCAGAUGCUAUAGGCCUAUGGCUUUUUAAACCUACCUCAAAAUAUUCAGCAGAAUCAUGACAUGGCAUGUGGACAUUAUCAAUAAGAUAAUAUUAACGGGUAGGUAGAAAUUACCUCCCGUACCCCCUUGCUGAGAGUCGCCCUUUUCAACAAAUUCAAGCCAUCCUUUGCUCACUGUUCUUGUCUGAAUGUGUGUGCUCCACGUGGUGCUUCUAUACAAACGUUGGCCACUAGAGAGUGCUGUGUAAAAGUGCAAGAUUAACAGAAAACUAACUCCAACGGGGCCGUACACGGACCCUAAUAAAUACUGUUUUAUCAUUUGUAUGUGAUGGUCCAGGUUUUUCGGGGUGGUUGCCAUGUUGGUAUGUUAUAGUUGCGUUUUAAAUUUUAUGUGAAUUGGUUGUAAAAUAACACUUAAAUUAUUAUUUUGAAGCUUGAAAAAAGAUUUCCGAAUAAAGAUUGCUGAUUGACAUGAAA